AUUUUCAUGUAACACUUCUGUAAUGACAAUACCUUAAGCUUAAGUAAUAUAGGAAGGAGCGAAAUCUGCCUCUUGUCAGCGUUUACGAUGAGAAGCACUUGCAUGAUUAGAUGUCUUGCGAUCGAUGCAGCCUCUUCUCCCAAUCAUUAAGACUGCUCUUAACAGAUUACAGCCCCCUCCCAAACACACACAGUCUCCUCUCCUCCUCUUCCUGCUCCUCCUUCUGUCCCACAUACUCUCUCUCUCAGCAGAUAGAACAGAAGACUUGCCUCUUUUGCACUUCUUUGGCUUUCUCAUUGAAUAAGAUGCCUUUUUCUUACACCCAAAGCAGCCACUGACCUCUAAAGGUUCAGGUUCUCUGCGCUCACCUGAGCUCCACUGAUGACCAGAUGAGCAGACUGCGGAAUGAGAAAUAAACUAAAACACAAGAGGUGGUGGUGAACAGCUGACAAAAAUGGACCUGCUUAUGAUCUUCUGUAACCUCCUGCUUUUAUGUUUUGAUCCAUCUGCAGCCACAAGCCUCAUUACAGCGGAUAUAUUUGAAGCCAGAGGUCAACGUGUUUGUAAGGCGGGGAAAGGGAAGCCGUGUUACAAGCUGGCUUAUUUCUCCGAGCUCCGACGGAGGCUGAACUUUGUAGAGGCCGAGCUCGCCUGCAGACGGGACGGAGGGCAGCUGUUGAGCGUGGAGUCAGAGUCCGAGCAGAAGAUCAUAGAGCAGCUCAUCACGGAGCUCCGCCCAACUGAUGGAGACUUCUGGAUCGGUCUCCGGCGAAACCACGGAGAUGACAGCAGCGCAGACUGCUCCUCACAGUACUACUGGCUGGACGGCAGCAAGUCCACGUUCAGAAACUGGCAUUUCGAUGAGCCGUCCUGCGGCUAUGAGGUUUGUGUGGUAAUGUAUCACCAGCCGUCUGCUUCUCCUGGUCUGGGGGGGCUCUACAUGUUCCAGUGGAAUGACGACAAUUGUGAAACCAAGAGCAACUUCAUCUGCAAAUACACCGCAGAGAAGCCGCCACCUUCCCCUUCUCCCAACACCAAUCAAACAAAUGUUUCAUCUGUCAUACCGUUGAAUCCAAACCACCAGGACCAGGGCAGAACAGUUGUGAAUUUGAUUUACGUCAUCAUUCCAACCAUUCCCCUGAUACUGCUGCUACUGACGGUGAUCGGAGUCUGCUGCUUCAAACUGCUCGCGGCUCGACGCAGGAGGAAACAGCAGAAAUCAGAAGUGAGCCAGACAGAUGCGGACCUCUGCCCCAGCUCGGCUGCAACUGACGUCUACAACGUCAUUCGCUCCCAGAAGGAGGAUGACCUAGUUUCAGCUCGUCCGAACACCAAAAACACCUCCUUUUUGUGCUCCUCCCCUGACACUCCAACAGGGGACUACGACAACCUUGGGGGUCGUGACACAGAGAGCGGCUUCGUGACACUUGCCAGCACAGAGAGCUGCUUCCUCAACUUUGACCUCAAUGACCUCAGCCUUGGGCGACGCGCCACCCGCGACUUCUACGACACCAGCUUGGGCCGCACAAGAAAAAGGGAUUUAAAUGAGAGCAGUCUGGGCUGCACCGGGCACAGAGAGUAUUAUGAUAGAAGUCUAGGUCGUCGCACAACGAAGAGUGAGCAUUACGGCAGCGGUGUCUAUAGAGACCAUGGAUUGUAUGAUGGCAGUAUCAGAGGAGGGAGUGACCUCUAUGAUGCCAAACUGAGGCCUGGCAGUCACACGGUAAAGGCUGACCUUUAUCAGACAUACGUCACCAACGGCAAGGAAGACACUUACCAAACCAGCCUGGGAACAUUUGGAAACCGAAAGUCCUACCAAGCAAAUCUGGAUUGCUACAGAAAUGGCCUGAAUCUUGAUAGUGAGAGGAGAUACUUCAAUGAACAAGAAUGGAUCAACAGAGAAAACUACUGAUCCUCUGACCAGCUGCUUUAUCAUGUGUACAGCAGUGUAUGUGUGAUUGAAGACGGGGACGAGAGAACUGAAAGAAACUGUUCACGUAUGUGGUUGUAAUUGUUUGUACAAUGUGCUUGUGUCUGAAAGCUUGUGGGGAUUUUAAUCAGACGAGGCCCUGCUAAAAUUAUAUUUUGUUGCUGAAAACACAAUUCAACCUGUAGCCCCUUUGGUAGACUAGGGCCUUGUGACAAUUAGUUUGUGGUAUUUCAACACAUUUUUGUUUAAAUUUAAAUUUAAAGGAUCAGCUUACCCAAAUAAAAAAUCAUGUCUAGCCAUGCAGAUAGUUUGGGUUUUUUUCUCUUAAGAUUUGUGACAUAACUCAUAUUCUGCCUCUAGCCCAAUUCAGUAGAGAUGAAUAAACAUCUUUGUGCUCAGAGCAUUAGAGAAUUAUUAACAAUUAAACAACAAUGUCUUUUCCAGGAACAACGUUCAGGAAUGAUCCACACACAUGCAGCUUUCACUGAAAAUAUUUCUUUCUGAAGAAAGAAUCUGUGGGUUAUCAGGGACACUGUUUCUGGACAGACGCUCUACUGUAGUGCUAUCAGCAAUCAAAGUCCAUUCACCUUAAUUAGGGUGGCAAAUUGGCACUUUAAAGGAAUCUUUAGAUAUUAAAUGUAAACUCAGUUUACACCAAUUUCUCACAUCCUGUUUACAGGUCUUGGGGACUAUUAAUCCAUGUGUAAAAAAAAAUUGCACAAUGCCUUUCGUGGCUAAAUUGCCUCAGGUGAUGUCAUCUGAGUCAGUGUCAGUGGGGGUGAAGAGUUAGAAAUAAGUGAGCUCACCAGACGUAUGUAGCCAUCUCCAUCAUCCAUCUUUAAAUACAGUGUACAGAAUAUAAAGAUGACAUCACAGAUCCAAAACAUCUGGAUUGCCCCCUGGUGGUGGUCUGCUUUAUAGGUUAUAAACCCCGCCCCUUCAAUGUUAGUAGAUAGUACACAAGCCAAACUAAAAGUAGAGGUCAAAUAAUUUUCCCACAGAUGGUUUCUUUUAAUUCUAGGUAGUUUCUAUCAAGCUGAAAUUUUGUCAAGUGUUAUUCUUAUACGUUUGGUUUUAUUUGACGUUAAAAAUGGGGCUGUAAACUGACUCAUGAUUGGUUGGGCGGGUGUUUGGGCGGGACCUCCAUAUCACAGGCUCCACUCAUAGGCCUUAAUGUUGUACAGUGGGAGGAAGUGGAGAUGUUCAUUCCUUAUAUAGUGUAUGAAUUUGAUGCUUUGUUGAAAACUGUUAUAGUGUUGUGCUACAUUGGUGGAGUAUUCUACACAUAAGCUCCCUCUACAUGAUCCUUUCAGUUGAUGUUGUGCAUAAAAUGUACAUAUCUCAAACAUACUUUCUCUUCAGUUAGUUACCACAAACAAAUGCACACACUGGAAACCUGGGGCCUGAAAGUCCAGAUUUGAGGAGAAGAGGCCUAGUAAAGAAGCAAAGUUAAACCUCAAGUAACAGCAUGGAGUGUCCCAGAUCUGACAGAAUGAAUUUGAGUGACUUUGUGUAAAAGCCUGUUUGCAUGGCCUUGUCAUGUUGCCCUUGCUUGAUAACUAGUGAGGUCUUGGACCCUUGUUUGCUGUGCCUGAAUACACACAAGUUUACCUGAUAUGAUAUAAACAGGCUACCUCAGAUAGAUUAAGACACAAUGUACUAAUACUGCUUGAGGGAGCGAAGGCUGGAUAUUUUUUAUGUAUGUGUUUUGUGACAUGGCCUUAAAUUGUGAAAUGUCCAGAAUUUCAUUUCACUUAUUUAUCAAUGGAGUUCAAUGUGGUGGCUCAUACAGUGAAUCUGAGUGCCUGCAGCCUGACCACAGAAAUGGCAUGCUAUCGAAGAGAAUGAUAAAAUAUAGCAUCAUUAUUAUUAUUUACUCAGAAUGUAUAAUGCCUUGAUGUCUCUCCUGUAAGUGACAGUGGUUUGUAUGUUUGUUACAUAAUGAAAUCUUCAAAUAAAAUGAGACUAUAAUUGA